ACAGCGCAUGCGCAGCGGGAAACCUCGGCAACAGGACACCUCAGUCGAUCGCCGAGCCUUGGUUUCUCUUCCAGCCUUGGCCAUGUCGGCGGCCGAGGCGUCUUCCGAGGAGGGCCACUUGCUGCCUCCGGAGCCGACAGCCGAGAGGGUGUCCGCUCGGAUUCGGGCCGUGGCUCGGUUCCUGCGCCGGGCCCUGCCGCUGUGCCUGGCCCACACGGUGGACUUUUACACGCGAGGCCUGUGGGAGAAGAUGGUGGCGCUUCCCCCGGAGACGGUGCUGGAGGCGCUGAGCGGAGACGGGCUUCGGAGGCUCCUGGAAGAGGCGCCCGAGCAGCGCCCUCUGGAGGAGCCCGCCGGUGAGUUUCACAACAUUUUUUGUGAAAAUUCUCAGAGGUUGAUUAAUGUACAAGCUUUUGCUUUAGCUGCUAAAUACUACUCUAUGCCAAACCUUGGAGUGUGUAUCCCAUUGGAACAGAUGCUCAAAAUUCUGAACAGAAAACAGCAGCCAGAAUCUGGUGCAGAGAUGAAAACAGAUGAUUUCAUGAAUAAUAAGAAGUCACAUGAAGUGCAGUUGAUGUCAGAAUUAGUGUAUGGCAUAGCAAAAUAUUGUGGCUUAAGCCAGGUUAUUGACCUGGGCUCUGGUAAAGGCUACCUGAGCUCCUUCCUGUCCCUGCAGUAUGGUUUAAAGGUUUAUGGAAUUGAUUCCUCAAAUACAAACACCCAUGGAGCUAAUGAAAGAAACAGGAAAUUGAAGAAACACUGGACAGCCUAUCAAAGAAGGGCAAGAGCCAAUGUCAGAGGCCAAGUACUGAAAGACAAAAAGGAAAGGCCAGAGCAAGAUAAAGAGAAAUGUAAAGCAAAUAGCAGCGAAAAUCUCUUAAGUACUAAUAACAGUCUUCAAAGUCAGGCCCAGGUGGCUGCCCCAGAUUCUCAAACAGCUGAUGUUUUCACAGACUCUGAUAUAUGUAUUGCUAACAAACAAUAUGAACUUCAUUCUGGGGCCCAGCUGCAGUCUGAUGAGAGCAACACUCCAGAAUAUGUGUUUCUUAAUAUUCUGCCGGCUGAUGCCGUUGAAGCUGACUCUUCACCUAGAAGUAAUUGCAGGGAUCUCUGUGAAGAGGAGAAAGAACGGAGAAAAAUGGCUUCCCUUGAAGCCAAAGCAAGCAGGUCAAAAGAAGCCAAUGUAUAUUCUCCAUUAACUUCAUACAUCACGGCAAACACGGAACUCCGCGACAUUGUUGAAGAUCUGGAGGACUGUGUGCUUGUGGGCCUUCAUACUUGUGGUGAUCUUGCACCAAGCACCCUACGUCUUUUUAAUGCUAAGUCUGAAAUUAAGGCAGUUUGUAGUGUGGGUUGCUGUUACCAUCUGCUAUCAGAAGAACAUGAAAUUGAGAAAGAUGGUACUCAUAGAGUAUGGGGUUUCCCCUUGUGCCGAUAUUUAAAAGAAGAAGGUUGGUUCUGUGGACGUAACGCCAGAAUGGCAGCCUGUUUGGCUUUGGAGCGAGUUGCAGUUGGCCAAGUGCUGCCUAAUGAAUCAUUGUUUUAUCGAGCUGUACUGCAGGUUAUUGUAGUAGAAGAAUAUGGAGUCAAAAGAAGUGAUCGCAAUAUUGGAAAAGUAUAUUCCAAAACAUCAUCCUUCCUGGAUUAUGUCAGGAAAUCUUUAAAAAAGCUUGAACUUGACGAGUCAAAGAUUUCAGACAGCCGCAUAAUGGAGUACUUUGAAAAAUACAAGCACAGAAUGAAUGAGAUGGAAGCUUUUAAUAUGCUGAAAGUUGUCCUGGGACCUUGCAUAGAAGUACUGAUCCUUCUAGAUCGUCUCUGCUACCUUCAGGAACAGGACAACAUUGCCUGGUCUGGACUGGUAAAGCUUUUUGAUCCCAUAAAAUCCCCCAGAUGCUAUGCAGUUGUGUCUCUGAAGAAACAGGCGUUUCACAUGCAAGCAAAUGGCUAAAUUGAUCCAGACUUCAAAACCGGUAUUACUGAUGGAUUUUGAGUUCAGUUUGUUUUCUACAGUUGUUCUAAAAUUAUUUUUAAAAUCUGCUGAUUGUUAUUUUAAAAUGCUUUGGUAUGUUUAUAGCUUAAGGCAAAUUAAUUAUUAGAAAAAUAAAAUAAAUUUAUUUUUGUAUGCCUGAUUACCCUAAAUUAUUAAUAAAACAGGAAAUGCAAAUUUUUAUUAUAGCUUUAAAUGUCAUGCGAAUUCUUCGUUUCUGCAUGAAAAAUUAGCAAACUGUAGGCCAGAAAACCCAUAUCACAGAUCGUCCAUAAACAGAUCUCCCAAUUAAAAAUGUGAAGCUA